AUGGAGUCCUCGCCUAUCGUCAAGGCUCACGAUCAUGCCGCCGCAGCCGCCGUUGCCACCCGCCAAUCUGCUGACACAACCGUCGCCAUCAAUGAACACACCCUCGCCGCUGGUGAAUUUGCCAAUGCCGCCCGAAACACCACCAGCGUUGAAGCGCUUCGCACUCUGAAGCUUCUCGAAGAGCACCAUAGACGCCUUGCCGAACUCCUCAACUUGCAGCCAGACCCCGUAUCCCAGACCAGCGAGGAGGAUGUCAACGAAAAGACGUCGCUGGACGAAAAGGGCGCUUCCACGACGCACCAGUCUGGCAAGAAGCUGCCCAGUCUGACGCAGAAGGGCUUCACGGCUCGCGAAAUGUCGUCAUCUAUUGCGAGCAACCUGGCUUCUGCAAGGGGCAUCCGAUCCAAGUAUCGAGGACAGCCGCUCAGUCCAAGCGUUUCCAACGACCAGGCGCCCGGAAAUGUCGACCCGCACCCUCGCCGCGACGGAUCGAGGACCAAGAUGCAGAGCAUCAUCGACACGCAGCCCGGCAAGCCUACUUGGGUUCCGCCCAUGGCCCCCCACAAGACGGAGCCUCGCACCAACAAGAGCGCCGCCUCGUCGCCGCGCAUCGACCAAACAACUGCUUCUGCCAUGGCGAGCGAGGAUGCUGGCUACGCUCGAUUCUACAACAGCUUUGGUAGCCUCAUCAACAAGAUCUCUGCCCCCCUCGCUUUCGCCGGUCUCCCCCUGAUCCAGGAGGAGCCGACACCAGAACAGCCAACCACGGAGCAGCCCGUCGCAUCAUCGCCCCCCAAGCGCAGGGCUUCGCGCCAACCGCCAACCUCGCUCGCCCUCGACCCGGACCUGUCCAAAAUCUACUCCAAGGCCACGAUGCGCGCUCUCGCGCGAGAGGGCCACUCCACCAACGACUCCUUCUACGUCGUCCCCACCACCGGCCACACCAUGUCCUACGCCAACAUCCUGACGUAUGCCGAAAAGGAGAAGCGUCGUCUCGGCGCCUCCCUCCACAGCAACGACCCGGAAGACGAAGACGACGACUUUGUGGAUGCCCGCGAGACGCCCGUCCCCGUCUCCCCCGGCGCCAGGCGCAGGAUCGGCCUGGCGCACAAGACGGAAAGGGACCUCCGAAACACCAUUGAAGAACUUAGUCUGCAGAACAGAUCCCUCAAGGACACGCUAGAUGUCGUGUCGAAGCGUCUGCACGCAUUCGAAGCGAGCUCUCAGAAUUCGGCAAUGGCCCUUGCGGAAUCGUACCGCAUACUGAGACCUGGCUCGCCAAGCGCCGCGCCACAUGCCCCGAAUGCGGCGGGGGAUGAAGCGCUGCGGAAGAAGACACUCAACAUGGAGGAACAGCUCGCGGCCGCCACGAAGCAGAUGGAGCGCCUGGAAAAGGACAAUCGGAAGAUGCAGAAGACGCUGGACAAGUACAGGGAGAAGUGGGAGGUGUUGAAGGCCGGCGCGAAGGCGAGAAGGGAGGGAAAGUCGGGAGAAGGCGAAGACGUUUAG